AUGCCAGGACGGCUGUUGAGCAUGGAUCAGUCGCAAGACCUGAAAAAGGACCGCAGCCAUGCCCAAGAAGCGCAGCUACCGCCGAAGCCAGACUUUGCGCAAAGCAAUCAUGCGCCGCAGGUCAAUGGACCUGCCGCGAUGCCCGUAAAUGGGCCUUUACCCAAUGGUGCCCCAGCAGAGGACCUACAUCCGGCCACCAAUGGCGACUCUGCAGGACAACAAUCGGUGCAAGCACCGCCGGAGCUGGACCAGUCAUGGCGGAGCUCAGACUCCAACAAGUCGAUGGGCAAGCUGAUCGAGCGCUUGUCUCAGCAAUGCUUCGCCGACCUGGAUACCACGUUGACCGCCAUGGCGGAAACCCCUGUCACUCAGCAGAAUGGGCAACCAAACGGCGUUACGCCAAGCACUCACGACAGCGAUUCAACAAGCUUGGACAAGAAGCGCAAAUUCAUGCAGUUUGCGCAAGGCCAGCGCGAUCGUUUUAUCAAGACCUUGGUUCUCACGGACUGGGCUCAGAACGCGGGCGAUGACAUGGCAAAGCUGGUUGAUCUCAAGGUCUGGCAGGAGAAGCAAGCCACUGCGCAACGGCAAGCCAUUCAGUUCAUAGGCAUCACGAAGAACGACAUCCGAAGCGCGAAGAUGCCAAACCCGAACAUUGAAGGCGCACUAGAGCUCUUAGCGACUGGAAAGACCACCCGUGUUCCGGAUCUGGGAUACCUCCCACCAAAGCGCUUUACCGCAAAGCAGCUCCUACGGACUCUACAGUCUAUGAACGUCACUCUCUCCACGCGGCUGAACUUGCACGAAGAAUUACCUUCGCACUUCAACGACUUUUCUAUUGCGAAUGGUCGCGCAACUUUUCGAGUAGCAGGAGAAUUCGAGGUGGAUUUAUCGGUAGCUGACGAAGACCCUGCAACGCCGUUCUACUUCAUCGACAUUAGAUUUCUGUUCGCGCCGAGCCCGACGAUCUCGAAUGAUGCUCUCAGAUCUCACCUGGAAGCGCUUGUCAACGGCGAACUGGCCGCGAAAGGCUUGCUCGGCUGUUACAGCUUUCUGCACAAUUUUGUUUUGACUCACAAGAUCAACGUGCUGCGCGACCAGACCGAGAGGAUUCAAAGAGAGAAGAUCAGCGAUAAAUGGUUCAAUUGCGUUUUGGCAGACAAGAGGAAUAGAGUAUUUGUCAUUCAGUAUUGGACAGGCCUCCCUGGAAAGAAGAGCUGGCUUGAGUUUGGUGUUACCACCGGGAAAGACCGCAACUUCAAAUCUUCACGACCGCCGACGCCUCGAAUCGUCACUCGCUGGUUUCGAAGAGGCGAAAUGGCAGAGAGCGAGAAUAUCGACAUUGAUUGGAACGACAUUGAUGUUGAAAAAAUCUUGUCAACUGUGACCGCAAAGCAUGCAUCGCGGAUCUUGGCGUCCGUCCGCGAUCGAUUACGAGCGGUGGCCGGCACCAGCUCGAAGUUGGAUAUGCAGCUGGCACUUCCUACCUCAGCCUCAGGCGACUGCUCACUGAAACUGGCUCUACCUGGACUAUCAACGCCUUUGCUCGUACGCUUCGAAUCCAUCACUGGCAGGCUUUCGCUCUCCCCGACAACCAAGCGCAUUGCGCAUGAGGAGCGUGCCCUCAACAACAAUGCCAAUCCUGACUACGUUGAUGCGCUUGCUCGACUAGUGUGCAAGGCUGUCCAAGAUCGCGUCGAUAAAGCGACCGAGCUCGCGGGCUGGCAGGCAUUGCAGUACCCUCUCCGACAAGAUGUUCUCAAGUCGGCAUUUGGCUCGAACUUCUGGGCCUACAGGGCCUACACCUGCAGCAAAAACUGGGGCGAUCAAUGGAAACUCUUUGUCACUUACUCACUAUCAGGUGAAAGUUGGUGGACGGGACGACUUGAAGAUCGACCGGCAACUACAAGCAAUGCGCCUGCUAGGAUCAUCAAAGACGUUCGGCGACUUCCAAGCACCGAGAUCUUCACCUCGAGCCCGACGAUAUCUCGCUCGUUGCUCUUGCAGAUCGAGAAGAUGGCUGUGGCUGAGGUAUCCUUUGCAGUGCUCUCUCAGCAGCUGACAUCCAUGGGCAUCCCUUUCACGACUGAGAAGCAAAGUUCGCUAACGUUCGAAGAAGGCAGCGCCGUGGCCCUCUCCUUGCCAACAUUCGCCAUCUUCUUCAGUGGAUUGACUCUGCUAAAAGAUGCCAGGGGCAAGAACUUCAUUGCUGACUUUGUCAAACUCACUCACCAUGGAUACCUUCUGCCACCGUCAGAGGGCGAAGACAGCUCGAGCAUGAGCCACGAAAUUCGCGUGACUGUUGAGACAGGCAAAUUGAAGCACCUGAAGGAGUACCUGACUACUAGGAGCGGGGACGAGGAUAUCGCUAUGAACGAAUCCAACGCCUUGGCCCUGAGAAUGCGGACGCCUUUCGGCAAGCCGUAUCUCGACGAGAUCGUUUCCCGUUUGAAAGGCUGCGAUCGCCUCGACCGCUGUCUCUCGGCAAUGCAUUCAUUCAAAUUCAGAUGUGGCUCCGCCAGCCUGCAGAAGAUUGCAUUCACUUACAAGAAUGCGCCCGAACUUGGUGCCGUGAUUACAUUUUCUAAACGAGAAGACGGCCUUCCUGUCAAGCUUAAACUCGAGCCAGAGAAUUCAAAUCCCCACAGACGUAUGCGGUCCAUGCUGGAGAAGGCCCUCAAUCGCAACUAUGAAGAGUGUUUCACUCUGCUCUGCGAGUUUUUUGAAAAGACCCACGACGUGCAUCGGGCUUUCGACCACAUCGAAUCGCGGAUCUCGGCUAAAGACACGCUCACGAUCUACUUGAGGCACCCAAUGAGGUAUCAACUGGUAUACCGAGCACCUCUUCCAUCCUUUAUAUUUACGGUCGAGUGCGUAGAGAGAUCGGAUGCUGUUAGAAAGGUCGUCAUGUGGAGGCUAUCAGCAGACGGUAAGAAGAUGGCAGAUUUAGAAAGGUCAGAUGUCGGAAAGGCAAUACUGGAGCUUGCGAAGCACAAGAGCCAGGAGUGGUGGGGGCUUGAGGAUGGGACUCUGUGUGCUCGAUCAGCAACCGCUGGUGAGAUCGUCAUACAGAUCGAUGAGCUCAUGCAGAAAUUCGCUGGACAGAACGAGAUUUUGACGUCUACGUCUGCCGAGCCUGCAAAUGGCACUGUCAAGCAGGAUAUGAAGCCGCAGGCACAGUUACAGCCGCCAAAGCAUCAUAAUGCUCAGCAGAAAUCUCUACCGCAACAGCGACCGCCUUCUACACAGCAGAAGCAGCCUCAGCCCAACGCGAAGCCACCGCCUGCGCCUGUAGCGAAUAUGACUGGGAACUCGAACAUGACUGGGGCUCGCAACAACCAGGCCAAAGUAAAGAAAGAAGUCAUCGAGCUUGACUAG